AUGGCGACGGACACAAAAAGGCCAAAGAUAGACGAUGAGAUCUGUGUGCUGGACCCCCUGAAAGACUUCCUGCUCUGGUGUGAUGGUGUCAAUCUGACGCUCAGCAAUAAGGUGUACAUAAGUAAAGAGGGUACAGUAGCCGAAUAUGGCAUGCUUGCCAAAGAGGACAUUGAAGAGGGACACAUCUUGUUCUCCAUUCCCAGAGAGACGCUCCUGCAUCAGGGUACCACUAAAGUCAAAAAAGUGCUUGAAGAAGGGAAAAAAUCUUUGGAGAGCGCAUCAGGCUGGGUUCCGCUUCUUCUGGGUCUCCUAUAUGAGUACACAUGUUCACAAUCCCAUUGGAAACCAUAUUUGUCUCUCUGGCCAGACUUUAAGACACUGGAUCAGCCCAUGUUCUGGUCCGAGGAGGAGCGUGAUAAAUUCCUGAAAGGAACGGGAAUUCCCGAGGCUGUCAACACUGAUCUGAAAAAACUCCAGGAUGAGUACAAUAACAUAGUCCUUCCUUUCAUGAAGUCCCAUCCUGACCUGUGGGACCCCGAGAAGCACAACCUGGAGCUCUACAAGAGCCUGGUCGCAUUUGUUAUGGCGUAUAGUUUUCAAGAGCCUGUAGAGGAUGAGGAUGAAGAAGAAGAAAAACAGCCUAACCCUCCAAUGAUGGUGCCCAUGGCUGACAUGCUGAAUCACGUUUCCAAGCACAACGCCAAUCUGGAAUAUACACCUGAGUGUCUGAAGAUGGUGUCUGUACGGCACAUUGGAAAGGGCGAGGAGGUGUUUAACACCUAUGGACAGAUGGCGAACUGGCAGCUCCUCCACAUGUACGGCUUUGCAGAGCCGUUUCCUAUGAAUAGCAAUGACACCGCAGAUAUACAGAUGUCCAGUGUGUACAAAGCAGCAGUGCAAGUGGCACAAAAUGAAGCAGAUCAACGGCUCUUAGUGGACAAAUGGAACAUGUUGUGCGAGAUGGAGAUUGUCGGGGAGAAAGGAGUCUUUAUCUUCGGACAAUUAGGCUCCCUCACUUACAACGAGCUCUACACUACUCUGAAGGUCCUUUGCAUGCCAGUGCAAGAUUUCGAGGAGUUCUGUGAAAACGAAGGCUGGGAGGAAGACGAAGAGGAUGAUGAUGAAAUGGAGGAGGCUCUGAGUUUCAUCAGACUGACAGGGUUGUCAGCCGAGUGGAAGCGUCUCCUGCACACAGCAUCUGCUUUGACGCUGGACUCUUAUUCUGAGGAUGUAGAGAUGGACAGGAGGCGGCUGGAGGAUCAGGGAGCUCUGGCUGAACUCGGCAGCCGAGAGAAGAGAGCUCUGCAUGUGCGUUACGGUCAGAAGAACAUCCUACAGCGCUUGCAACAGCUCACCAAACCUGCGUCUUAGUAAUAUACAGCGCUGACACUGCAUUCUGGGCAACGCUGUAGUUGGCAAAACAGGAAAGAAGUCCUCAGGCAACAUUUGCAAACUCUGUAUAGUUUGUAGGUUUUCAUUUUGUAUGCUGUACAUUUCCCUUUCAGUAAAAUAAUUUGGAAUCUUA